GCCUGCCCUGACCUGAGCCGGGGCUGCGUGAGGGAGGCUGAGGAGCCCUCCCGGGGCUCAGCAGGUAAAGCCGGGCCCCGGAAAUUUCACAAGGCGAUAAGGUGAGGAGCAGAGCACUGGGAACAUGGCCCUGGGAGAGAGAGGAAGCAGCAGCAGCAGCUCCAGCAAUGCCAGGCAGGAACAGAACCAUAAUCGUGUUAUUACAAUUGUCUUCCUGGCCCUCUUCAUCGACCUGUUGGGAUUUGCCCUCAUCUUGCCACUCUUUCCUUCCAUCCUUGAUUAUUACAGCCAGACUGAGGAUGGAUUCUAUUUGUCAUUGCAACGUGGGGUAGACUGGUUUGCAGUGAUGGCUGGGAUACCUCCAGAGAGGAAAUACAACAGUGUCUUGUUUGGAGGUCUGAUUGGCUCAAUCUUUUCCCUCCUGCAGUUUUUCUCCUCUCCCCUCACCGGUGCAGUGUCAGACCACUGGGGCAGAAGGCCUGUCAUCCUGGUGACAGUGAUGGGUUUGAUAGCCUCAUACUCACUCUGGGCUGCCUCUCGGACUUUUGGCGUUUUUCUUCUCUCCAGGAUCAUCGGGGGGAUCAGCAAAGGGAAUGUCAGCCUCUGCACAGCCAUCAUUGCUGACCUGCACUCUCCAAAAGCACGGAGCAAGGGCAUGGCCAUGAUUGGUGUUGCUUUCUCCCUGGGCUUCACCCUGGGCCCCAUGAUGGGUGCUUACCUUGCCAUGCAGGCAGAGAAAGGAGAAGUUUUCUACCUUCGCUCAGCGCUGUCAGCGCUCGCGUUUGCCGUGGCUGAUUUCAUUUUCAUCUUUCUCCUUCUUCCAGAGACUCUUCCCAAGGAAAAACGGGUCCCUUCUGUGACAUCUGGAUUUCAGGCAGCAGUUGACUUGCUCAGUCCUUUGGCUCUGUUUCAGUUUUCUGCAGUCACCCGAGGCAAGGAUUCCCCCUCAGAGCAGAAUCUUCAGAAUCUCAAAAUUUUGGGCCUGGCCUACUUCCUGUACCUCUUUCUGUUUUCUGGCUUGGAGUACACACUGAGUUUUCUCACUCACCAGAGAUUCCACUUCAGCAGCAUGCAGCAGGGCAAGAUGUUUUUCUUUAUUGGAAUAACAAUGGCUGUGAUCCAGGGAGGCUAUGCUCGCCGAAUCAAGCCAGGAAAUGAAAUCAGAGCUGUAAAAAGGGCGAUUGUGCUGCUGAUUCCCGCGUUCUUGUUAAUUGGAUGGGCUGCAAAUGUGACCGUGCUGAGCGCUGGACUGCUGCUGUACUCCUUCGCUGCAGCCAUUGUUAUCCCGUGUUUGUCAGCAGUGGUGUCAGGCUAUGGCAGUGCCGGCCAGAAGGGACGAGUCAUGGGCAUCCUGAGGAGCCUGGGCGCCCUGGCCAGAGCCCUGGGACCCAUCCUGGCAGCUGCAGUUUACUGGCUGGCUGGGGCAGAGAUUUGCUUCACUGUCUGUGGUGCUUUUUUCCUUGUCCCCUUGGCUCUGCUCAGGUCUAUAAAACAGCAGACAAAGGAGGAGUAGGAGGGAACCACAAAACCAUCACCAGCUUCCAAGGACCUCUGCAAGGCCUGACUUUUGGCACCUGGCUCUGCUGAGCAAACAGGAAGAUUUUGAUCUUCUGGAAGGAGAUACACGAUGACCAUUUGCAGCAACAACACACAGCAGUUAUGUUUAAGGUGGCCUCCCAGCCAGCUGGGUUAGCUUUGCAAACAACAAAACCAGACA